CGCGUCACACACGGGCCUCGGAGGAUCCAUUUUCUUACUGUGAAUUAUCGUUGUUCCACAGUUUGUAUUUAACGGUCAGAGUAUUUCUUUUUCGUUUCUUGUUGGGCUGAAAAGAGGAAUUUUUCAAGAUGGGAGGCGGGGAUCUGAACUUGAAGAAGAGCUGGCAUCCCCAGACUAUGAAAAACAUUGAGCGCGUCUGGAAAGCUGAGCAGAAAUAUGAGGCUGAACGCAAGAAGAUCGAGGAGCUCCAGAAAGAGCUGAAAGAGGAGCGAGCUCGAGAAGAAAUGACAAGAUAUGCAGAGGACACCGGUGCCAUCAAAAAAAAAGACGAUCGCCUGGACUGGAUGUACCAGGGUCCUGCUGGUCAGGUGUCCAGAGAUGAGUAUCUGAUGGGUCGCCCCAUCGACAAGCAGAUCACCGACCAGUACGAGGAGCCAGAGAGCGGACCGUCGGCUGAGACCGGCCUCCUGCCCGGGUCCAUCUUCAACCCCGCCACCCCUGCCUCCAACCUGGACCUCGCCGCCAAGAUCAGGGAAGACCCCCUGUUUCAAAUCAGGAAACGUGAAGAAGAAAAGAAGAGAGAAGUCCUGACGAAUCCAGUGAAGAUGAAGAAGAUCAAAGAAAUGCUGCGCCAAAAUCUCGACAAGAAAGACAAGAAAAAGAAGAGGAAGAAGGAUAAAAAGGAGAAGAAAGGCGACAAAGAGAGGAGAAAGGAGAAGAAACAUAAGAGGAGGAGUUCAAGCUCAAGCUCAGAUGAAGAGGAUGAGAAAAAUCACAGGUCGCACUCACGAGAUGAUUCUUCAUCAGACAACAAAUCUCGUUCCCAUCAUGUUCCAGGAUAUGGCCUACAGCUCCCUUCUGGCCGACAUCAGCAGACCUCAGCUCCGUCCAAUCACUCAGGGCACCGCGACAGGAGCCGAUCCAGAUCGCCUCACAGGAACUACAAGGACAGUCGAUCCUACUCAGCCUCCUCACACAGAGGAGACAGGAAGGUGGAAGCCAGACCUCCGAGUCCACAGAAGGAUCGGUACCAAAGACAGAGGAACCACGUGUCCAAGAAGCUCUCUGCAGAGGAGCUGGAGCGAAAGAGGCGUGAGAUGAUGGACCAGGCCAAGCAGAGGGAGGAGGACAGGGAAAACAAAGUGAAGAGAUACAAGAGGCAGGACGAACAAGAAAAGCAGAGGGAACAAAAUGUCAAACAGGAACGCCAUGCUGGCUUCAUCCAUAACAUGAAGCUGGAAAGUGCUGCAAGCUCUUCUUUAGAGGACAGAGUGAAGAGGAACAUCCACUCCAUUCAGAGGACGCCGGCCUCCCUCGACAACUUCAUGAAGAGAUGAAGACACAAGACAUUAACAUUACAGACUCUGUGAACUGACUGAAAACACCUGCAAACAUGAUGCGAUACGCUUGCUAUCUGUGUCUUUAAUGUACUGAUACUAGAUGUUGUGGUUGGAGUCCAUCAGGAAUUCAAAUGGGGAAGCUCAGCUGCUUUUGAAAAGCAGAUUCAACAAUGGUCACAAGAAUGUUAUUUCACACAAAUCCUACUUUUUAGAAAGCAAACAUCCCUUAAUAAGGUAAUGUGAUCCUAACUUUGUACAAUAUAUUGUUUUUACAGAAAGACAGGACCUGUUUUAUUUAGUUUUUUUGUAAAAUAUGUUUCUUACAUGGUGUGCUAAUGUGAGUAGAAAAUGAUAUAUAUAAACUCAAUUUCUGGAGCGUCA